AUGCUCCCCUCCCUGCUAUGGUUCCUCUCCUUCCUUCCCUGCUGUGGUUCCUCUGCUCCUCUCCCUACUGUGGUUCUUCUCCUCCCCUCCCUGCUGUGGUUCCCCUGCUCCCCUCCCUGCUGUGACUCCUCUCCUCCCUACCCUGCUGUGGUUCACCUGCUCCCUUCCCUGCUGUGGUUCCUCUCCUCCCUUCCCUGCUGUGGUUCCCCUGCUCCUCUCCCUGCUGUGGUUCCUCUCCUCCCCUCCCUGCUGUGGUUCCUCUCCUCCCCUCCAUGCUGUGGUUCCUCUCCUCCCUUCCCUGCUGUGGUUCCCACGCUCCCCUCCCUGCUAUGGUUCCUCUCCUCCCUUCCCUGCUGUGUUUCCCCUGCUCCUCUCCCUGCUGUGGUUCCUCUCCUCCCCUCCCUUCUGUGGUUCCUCUCCUCCCCUCCAUGCUGUGGUUCCUCUCCUCCCUUCCCUGCUGUGGUUCCCACGCUCCCCUCCCUGCUAUGGUUCCUCUCCUCCCUUCCCUGCUGUGGUUCCCCUGCUCCUCUCUGUUGGCACAUCGGAGCCUAUUGUGACUAUAACACUCUCCCUGCUGUGGUUCCUCUCCUCCCCUCCCUGCUAUGGUUCCUCUCCUCCCCUCCCUGCUAUGGUUCCUCUCCUCCCUUCCCUGCUGUGGUUCCCCUGCUCCUCUCCUUGCUGUUGUUCCUCUCCUCCCCUCCCUGCUAUGGUUCCCCUGCUCCCCUCCCUUCCCUGCUGUGGUUCACCUGCUCCAUUCCCUGCUCUCCUCCCCUCCCUGCUGUGGUUCCUCUCCUCCCCUCCCUGCUGUGGUUCCCCUGCUCCCCUCCCUGCUGUCACUCCUCUCCUCCCUUCCCUGCUGUGGUUCACCUGCUCCCUUCCUGCUGUGGUUCCUCUCCUCCCUUCCCUGCUGUGGUUCUCCUGCUCCUCUCCCUGCUGUGGUUCCUCUCCUCCCCUCCCUGCUGUGGUUCCUCUCCUCCCCUCCAUGAUGUGGUUCCUCUCCUCCCUUCCCUGCUGUGGUUCCCACGCUCCCCUCCCUGCUAUGGUUCCUUUCCUCCCUUCCCUGCUGUGGUUCCCCUGCUCCUCUCCCUGCUGUGGUUCCUCUCCUCCCCUCCAUGA